CUUAAAACUAACAUUUCUUUCUUAUUUAUGGGUUUAUCAAGUAAUUGGUUAUGUAGAGAAUGUGAACGAGACUUUAGUCAACCAUGUCCUAAUCAGUUUACAGUACAAAGUAGUAACAUGUGUUAUCCUAGUAAGGUUUAUAAAGGACCCUGUUCUCACCCUGUUAGUUUUUGGAUGCACAAUCCAACUAUGAUAGAAAGCUGGUCUGUACGAUGUAAAGCUUAUUUUCCUUGUCUAACAACGUCUACGGAAAUUUCAUCUACCAAAAUAAAUAAAGUUGAUUCUAUUCGGCGGGUAACAGGAUUAUAAAUCUGUCUCAAAUGUUCAUGCAAGGGUGUUGCGAUAGAUAUGGAUUUUCUUGUGCACAUUACUCUAAGCAACAUUUGCGUGAAGCAUUCCAUUAUCCUUUUUUUUUUCAAACUUUCCAACAGGAUAUCUUUUUGUUACUCAUAACAAUGGUGUUCGCAUUAACUCAUACCGAGUAAAUUUUCAAAAGUUUGCUAAAAGAUAAAAUCGUUAGAAUACGUUUAAACAUCUUUAUACUCUAUAAUUAUUGGUUCAAAAAAAUGCUCGUCACGCAAUAAUUUGGACCUAUCAUAACUUUUUUGCCUCAUGUAAAAGUAAUCAUUUUUUUUUAAACCCUCUUUAUUGUUUAAGCCAUACAAGAAAAAAAAAAAACAUGAAAUGAAUAGAUCUUCAUCCUAUUUUCACGAUCAAGGCAAUUUAUUUUUUUUGCCAACGGAAUACCUUAGAUGAAAAAUCACGAAUUUCCUAGUUUAGUUUAGCAGACCUGGCCACUACUGUUUAGUAAAUAUUACUUUUAAAACAUCCUGCCAACAGAGUCAUAUUUAGAAAGUAUCAUGACAUGUGAAGAAACACCCUUUUUACUAAAGCUACUUAUACUUGGGGAUAGUGGAGUCGGUAAAACGUCUUUAAUGAAUCGAUGGGUACAAAAUAAAUUUUCCAACCAAUAUAGAGCCACUAUUGGUGCAGAUUUUUCAUUCAGAACUAUACGCGUUGAUAAUCAAAAAGUCACUGUUCAAAUAUGGGAUACAGCAGGGCAAGAACGUUUUAAAUCUUUGGGUGUAACAUUUUAUCGAGGUGCAGAUUGUUGCAUUUUUGUUUACGAUGUUUCAUCGCAGGAAUCGUUUGAAAAUAUAACGUUUUGGAGAAACGAAUUUUUUUUACAGUGCGUUUGUCACGACGCAAAGAGUUUCCCAUGCAUGAUUAUUGGGAACAAGGACGAUUUACCAAGCACCCUUAUUAAGGUUAAUGUGAAGAAAGCUGAAAAAUGGUCUACAUCUAUAGGUGCAUUACACGCUACAACAAGUGCGUACGCAGGAGAGAAUGUAGAAACGAUUUUCUUGGUUAGUUUUGAUUCACGUUCUGAACUUAUCAAACUGGCACUAUUCUACCGUAAAAAACAAUCCAAUAAUUUGUAUCAACCAAGAAGUAUUACUGUUUUGGAAAACAUCAAGGGUGAUUUGAGAAACAAGGAAUGUCGAGAGAAGACUUUUCAACUAUGCGACUGCUAAGCAAAUGUCUAUUUUAGUUUAACGAUUCCUACUUACGAACUUUUGCGUAUUACCAGAAAUGAAUCGCAACGUUUUAAAAAUGCUUUCAAUUGGUUCAUUCAUACUUUAAUACUUGGAUGAGAAGUGUGUUGUAUUCAAGACACAUUAAUAUGCUUAUGCUGUUUUUUCUUCAUGAUAUUUUUU